AGAUAGUGGAUUUAGUUAAUGAUUCUCACGUCCCACUCUCUUCAUACCCUUUUCCUUCAAUCCAACUCCAACUCUUCCGAUUUCCCAAUAUGCUCCAAAAAACACAAUCUUGCUGAAUAAUUUUGUUUUCUUGAAACAGAGAGAAGAAAGAUCAGUUCUUUUUCAAUUAUAAGGAAACGUUGUUUUCACUGCCAGCUAUGACCGAGGUCCUCCAUUUCCCUUCAUCUCCAAGCACAGGCACUUCUUCUCCUUCUUCCCCUUCUCCACCACCCUUGUCAUGUGCUCCCCAGAACUCUUUAUCCUGCACAGUUGAGGAUGGAGACGACGAUUUCAGUGUGAGGGUUUGUGACCCGGAAGAGGAGGUGAAGCAGAGCAGAGAUCAGUUGUCUUUGUUGGCUUUGCUUGUGACCCUUUUUAGGAAAUCCUUAGCUGCCUGCAAGAGUGACCGGGGGGAGCUUUGUACCAUGGAGAUCGGUUGGCCUACUAAUGUGAGGCAUGUGGCCCAUGUCACCUUCGAUAGAUUCAAUGGCUUCCUGGGGUUGCCUGUGGAGUUCGAGCCUGAAGUGCCCAGGAGGGCUCCCAGUGCCAGUGCCACUGUUUUUGGAGUUUCCACAGAAUCCAUGCAGUUGUCCUAUGACUCCAGAGGAAACAGUGUGCCAACAAUACUCUUGCUUAUGCAAAGGCGCUUAUAUGCUCAAGGAGGCUUGCAGGCAGAAGGGAUAUUUAGAAUAAAUGCAGAAAACAGUCAGGAGGAGUAUGUCAGAGAUCAAUUAAAUAGUGGUGUGGUGCCAGAGGGAAUUGAUGUCCAUUGUUUGGCAGGUCUAAUCAAGGCUUGGUUCAGAGAACUACCAAGUGGGGUUCUGGAUUCUUUAUCUCCUGAGCAGGUAAUACAAUGCCAAACUGAAGGGCAAUGUGCUGAGCUUGCAAGGCAUCUACCCCCAACUGAAGCUGCUUUAUUGGAUUGGGCCAUCAAUCUCAUGGCAGAUGUUGUUGAGCAUGAAUACCUAAACAAAAUGAAUGCACGCAACAUUGCUAUGGUGUUUGCACCAAACAUGACUCAGAUGGCGGAUCCUUUGACUGCAUUGAUGUAUGCAGUCCAAGUGAUGAACUUUCUCAAGACACUUAUCUUAAGGACUCUUCGGGAAAGAGAAGAUUCAGUGGUGGAGCCAACCUUGUCAUCUCGUAUGGAGCCUUCUGAUGAGAACAAAGAUAAUAGCCACUCACAGUCCUUGAUUCGAAAAGCUGAAGAAGAUAAUGAAGAGAAAGAUGAACCUUUUAUUGCUGCAGAAUCUGUCAAAGAAAGUUCCAUGGAUGCUGGUCAGAACAAUUACACAAGUGAUGGAGAGUAUGAAAGUCCUAUGCCCUCUGUGCAGAAGCUAAUAGCUGAUGCAGAUCACGCUCAUGAAAUAACGUCUCAAGUUGACACCAUAAACGAAACAGACAUCAGAGCUGGCACUCGAGCAAGAGCUGGAAAGAGCAAAAUUGGCCAAUCAAGUAAUUCAAGUCUUAAAAAGGGCCCCAGGAAAAUUAACCGGCAGCAAUCUACACUUCUGGUGACAACUCCAGUUGAGAAGACCAAGGGCCUAACCAAUCUGACCCGAAUAGAUUCAAGGAUAGAGCGUAUUGAAGCUUGGCGGUAAAGGAUGCUCUCCCUAACUGACUCAUUAACAAAAUUCCUCUGUAAGCUGCUUAGUUUUGAAGUUGUCACCCUAAAAAUUCACGUAUGUUUGCUCUAUCUUUCACUGUGUUCCAAGUGCUUUGUUUAACCUCCCAAAGUCAAAUGUCAUGUAUGAAACUCUGAUGGCCAGAAACUAACAUGUCAGCUUGUGCAAAGUGCUACUCCUUUAACA